AUGCCGACAUUCAAUGAUGAUAAUCCAGCAAAUAAAUCACAUAUUAGUACUAAUCAGUGGAAACCUGUUCAUGAAACACAUCAAUCUGGAGAACUGAAUAGGCAAAAUGUAAAAGACAAAUCUGAACAUAAACGAAAAUGUCGACCAGUUUUAAUUAAUACAUCCACUGCAUCGACUAAAGGAAAUACAUCAAAUCACAAAAAUCAAGUUCAUCAAUUAAUUGAACGUGCUCGAGAACUUCAAAAAGGAAUCGUACCAGAUCUUCUUCUCUAUCAAAUGCCAACAACUUAUUCACCAUUUUCAUCUGUAACACCAAGUUCAAAUGUUAGUCGAGGAAGUAUAUCAGCAUAUCCAUUUCGACAAAGUAUAUCGAUUAGUUCAGGUUCAUCAAAUUCUUCUACAGUUAAUCAAAGAUUUAAUUUAUCAUCAAAAAUUCUUGAACGUGCUCAUAAAAUACCUGAAAGAUUUUGGAUAGAUUGGCAACAAAAACAAAUGCAAGAUCAUAUAGAUGAAUGUGAAUAUAUUAAAAAUAAUAUAGAUUGUAGUCGACGCUCAUCAUUAUUUUCGAAUCAAACUGAUGAAAAUGCAAUAGAUAUUUCAAAAUUAGAUUAUCCUACUAGUUAUGAUGAACUUUAUCGACAAAGUCUUUUAUAUUUACAAGAAGCACAAAGAUUAGCGAAUGAAUAUCGUGUUAAUCUUGCUCGACCGACAGCUACCGAUACAAUAAUACCAAAAAAUACUAAAACUAUAUCUGAUAAGUUUGAUGAAGAUGAUAAUCACUCUUUCAAUUUUGAUCAACGAUCAGAAGAUGCUAUGGAUACAGUAGAAUUAAAUGAUGCCAAUGCAAUUCCAUCUGAACCAUCAACUUCGAUUCCAGCUGUUCAACAAUUUCAAUCAAAUGUCAAUCAUUCUCGUUCGACAAUAUCAUUACCAUUUACAUAUACAAAUACACGAGAAGUGCCAAUAAGUCGUAAUAAUUAUUGUCAAUCAUCUAUUGAACCAACGCUAGAAAAUAACAUUGAAGUCAAUAAUAAUGAAGUUAUCGAAACAGCUUCAUCAAAUAAUAAUAAUGAUGAUGUAGCACAAAUAGAUACUGAAUUUAAUGUUACAUUAAUUAAACGAGAAUAUCCAAAACAAAUCAAACCAUUAUUAUAUUCAAAAGCAACUGUCAAUCGUAGUAUUGAAUUUCGUAAAUUUCGAUCAAUAUCAUGUCAGAAUGAAAUGACAUCAUUAAAGAAAAACCAAACAAUUUUUAUUCCAGUAAUGUAUUGA